CGCAUGUGUAUUUACUAAUCUAUUUCUGACCUCUGCAACAAACACUUUGUCAACAUGUCGUCGACUUGCGUCCUUCCGACCGCUUCGACCGCUUCCGGCGCCAAGGCCCGGACCGUGCCAAGCAUUUGUGCGCCGGUGUCCUUUAAGCAUUACAGACGCAGCACAACCAACAAGGCUCCGCGGAAGAGGACCUUCCUCGUUACCAUGACCAGAUACAAUGCUGACCUGCGCGUGCAAACUGGAGCCUACAGCCACAACGUUUCGAUGCUCUCUUGUGGUGUUUGUCGUGAGAACUAUGGAGAUUGGACCCCGUAUGGUGACAACGGCAACGGCAACAACGGCAACAAUAACGGCAGCAACAACAACAAUAAGAAGAACUGGGGCCCUGGAGACUUUGGUAGCGAUGACAGCUUCCGGCUCAUUCUGCAGCUCUUUGGCAAAGUCAUGCUGGGCGCCUUGGCGCUUAUCGCCGCAGUGGCGGCCUUCCCAGCCUCCAGCUCUGCCACCUCAGCCUCAUCGUCAUCUCCGCCCAGUAGCGUUUCACCCCGUGGCACUCGCCUGGAUGCUGAUGGCCAGAGGCUGGGCGGCGACGUCAAAGCUAGUUGGUCUACCUCCCCUAGCAGCAGCAGUAGCAGCUCCUACCAGCCCCUGCCUCGUUCCAAGGUCAUGCACGUGGCCUGCAAGGGCAGCACCCUGGUGGUUCCAUUGUCCGACCCUCAGGCCGCGGAGCGUCUGCCGGGUGGCUGGCAGCGCGCCAAGAUUGUGGAGGCCCCCAUUGAGCUGUCGGGUCGCGAGGUGGCCAUCAUCAACCGCCGCCAGUACUGCGUCCGCGAGAGCAUGCGUGUGUGA